ACUUCACUUGACACCCACAACGACAACAGACAAGCAAGCAAGAGCGAUGAUGGACGACGAGACAGCAAAGACUGGUGGAGGACAUGAGGCAGUGGUGACAAUGCAAGGACGGGAUGAGAGACCACAGCAAACUGACACAACACCACCAGCACCUGCAAGCACACACGAUGCAGACUUUAGCUUUGUCUCCAUCUCAGAUGAGGCUGGGGACCAUGACAGCACGGGUGUGGACCACGGCGAAGGUUUGGGGAGCAUGGACAGCGGAAGCGCGGGAGGCAAGGCUACUGGGCAAAGGCCAGCGAGUUACGGAAAGGCAUCAGCAUAUCUCAACUCCAAGGGGUUUGGCUGGCUGUUGGAUGUAGAAGAUGAGGAUGCAGAAGACAUGCAGAAACCUUUGCUGGAGGAGCUUGACAUUGAUCUUUCCGACAUCUUCUACAAGCUGCGCUGCGUACUGCUGCCGCUGCCCAUGCUGAAGGUUGACAGAACCGUGCUGAAGGAGAAGCCGGACUUUUGGGGGCCGCUGCUGGUUGUCAUCCUGUACGCCGUUAUCUGCCUCUAUGGCCAGCUCAGCGUUGUGUCGUGGAUCAUCACCAUUUGGUUCUGCGGAUCGCUCCUCGUCUUCUUCCUCGGUCGCGUUCUCGGCGCCGACGCCGACUUUUCACAGACGCUUGGUGUUGUUGGGUACAGUCUUCUUCCACUGAUUGUCACGGGUGUGCUGCUGCCGGCAUUUCAUGGCGUCACCGUCAUCACGACGCUGCUCAAGGGUGCUGGUGUGUGCUGGGCGACGUACAGCGCCGGGUCGCUGUUGGUGACGAGCGGGCUGGAGAACAAGAAACCGCUGCUGUUGUAUCCGAUAUUCCUCUUGUACAUCUAUCUCUUCUCCCUCUAUGACGGCGUUUGAAAAGGCCUCAACAGCCGCCUCCACAAUGUGCAAUCUGUCAUGACGUGAGGACACGUUCACACGCAUCUAUGGACAUGUGCGCGCGCGUGUGUGCGUGUCAAUGUCAUGUCUCACGUCAAACAUUUGUUCGUGCAUAUCUUUUACAUGACCUGCCUUCUUUGCUGCCAUUCAAUAACCAGUAGACAAAAGCAAAC